AUGAGAGAAAGGACAGACUGUAAACCACACCUCUUUGUUAUUACUCUUACCAUUACGCUUUUCAUAUUGACCUGGAAUCAUUUAUAUGAUUCACUCACCACUGCUAAUAUAUGGGACAAGCGAGUCUUCCUUCAAAUUAGCACGUUACACACAGCAGCAGCUAGAAUAUUAAAGGGUGAUAUUGAACCAGGAACGCAAGAACAAUUUAAUGCGUUAAAAGAAAGAAUUAUAAAUUUGCUAGAUGAAGAUGAUGAUGCAUUCAGAGAAAGAUUUAAGGCAUUAACACAAGAUGAAGUUUUUAGAAAAGAAUAUGAUGUGCUGAUGAGUCAGUACAAUCUUGAAAAACUGUCAAAUGCACUAAAACGGUAUGAUUACUUUGAAAAAAGAGUGAAUCCCUUCAAAAAUAAUAAGUGUACAAAAACGCCCAAAGCUAUAAAAAACAAUAAUGAGUCGGACAACCAAUAUGAUGAAUUUAAAUAUUACUAUGACGACUACGAAGGAACAAAUCGUGCAUUUUAUUAUGUAAAUGAUUUUCGAACAAGGCAAAAAGCAAAAAAGCACAAAUAUCGGAAACGGUUUAGAAGGAAGCAUAAAUUGAAAAGGAGUAAUAUACCAAGAAUAUUUAAAUAUUUAAACACAGCUAUUUUAAAGAUUAAGGCAAAAAAGCCAAUUGCUUAUGAACCUCCCUAUAAGAAUCAUUAUGGGCUUAAACCUACUUCCAAAAAUAGCAAAAACAUGUAUCACUUGGAAAAUUUUAAAUUCCAGCUUUCACUAUUUUCAGUAAAAUUGUUAAAAGCAAUUUUACUCGUACUAUACUAUACAACUCACGAAGCUAUGGAGUUACUUUUUCCAUAG